CCUUCCCCAUUUCCUUCGGCGCCUGCGCAGAGCCUGCGGCCUCCCUGGGGCUGGACCGUGAGAGCGAGCGGGCUGUCCGUCUCCGGGGAGAGGAUGGCGACUGACUCGUGGGCGCUGGCGGUGGACGAGCAGGAGGCGGCCGCCGCGGCCUCGCUGAGCAACUUGCACCUGAAGGAGGAGAACCUCAAACCAGACGCCAACGGUGCCGUUGUCAAGACAAGCGACAAUGCAGAGAAGACAGAAGAGGAGGAAAAGGAGGAUCGGGCUGCCCAGUCGCUGCUGAACAAGCUGAUCCGGAGCAAUUUGGUGGACAACACGAACCAGGUGGAGGUGCUGCAGAGGGACCCCACCUCCCCCCUCUACUCGGUCAGGUCCUUCGAAGAACUGCGCCUGAAGCCCCAGCUGCUGCAGGGGGUGUACGCCAUGGGGUUCAACAGGCCCUCCAAGAUCCAGGAGAACGCCCUGCCCAUGAUGCUCGCGGAGCCCCCACAGAACCUGAUUGCACAGUCCCAGUCCGGCACCGGGAAGACGGCAGCCUUCGUCCUGGCCAUGCUCAGCCGGGUGGAGCCGGAUCACAGGCACCCCCAGUGCCUCUGCCUUUCCCCCACGUACGAGUUGGCCCUCCAGACGGGGAAGGUCAUCGAACAGAUGGGGCGGUUCUACCCUGCGCUGAAGCUGGCCUAUGCCGUCCGGGGCAACAAGUUGGAGCGUGGCCAGAAGAUUGCCGAACAGAUCGUCAUCGGCACGCCGGGCACCGUCCUGGAUUGGUGUUCGAAGCUCAAGUUCAUUGACCCGAAAAAGAUCCGGGUGUUUGUUCUGGACGAGGCCGACGUCAUGAUUGCCACCCAGGGGCACCAGGACCAGAGCAUCCGCAUCCAGAGGAUGCUUCCCCGGGAUUGCCAGAUGCUGCUCUUCUCGGCCACCUUCGAGGACUCGGUGUGGAAGUUUGCCCAGAAGGUGGUUCCCGACCCCAACAUCAUCAAGCUGAAGAGGGAGGAGGAGACGCUGGACACCAUCAAGCAGUAUUACGUCCUCUGCAGCAGCCGGGAGGAGAAGUUCCAAGCCCUCUGCAACAUCUACGGGGCCAUCACCAUUGCCCAGGCCAUGAUCUUCUGCCACACCCGCAAGACGGCCGGCUGGCUGGCAGGGGAGCUGUCCAAAGAAGGCCACCAGGUCGCCCUCCUGAGUGGGGAGAUGAUGGUGGAGCAGCGGGCGGCCGUGAUCGAGCGCUUCAGGGAGGGCAAGGAGAAGGUCCUGGUCACCACCAACGUCUGUGCCCGAGGCAUAGAUGUGGAGCAAGUCUCCGUGGUCAUCAACUUCGACCUCCCGGUGGACAAAGACGGCAACCCGGACAACGAGACCUACCUGCACCGCAUCGGCCGCACAGGGCGCUUCGGCAAGCGAGGUCUGGCCGUCAACAUGGUAGACAGCAAGCACAGCAUGAACAUCCUCAGCCGCAUCCAGGAACACUUCAAAAAGAAGAUCCAUAAAUUGGAUACAGAUGACUUGGAUGAGAUUGAGAAAAUUGCUAACUGAGGGGGGGCAGCCGAGGGGAUUGUGGGUGCCCGGCUUCCUCCCCGUGGCUCCCCCACCCUGAAUGGACACGCCGUCCUGACUGGCACAUCUCACCAGCCACGUGUGAAGUGGGGUGCCCUCCCGCAAGACCACGAGCGCUGCAGAAGUUACUUCAUCCUCUUAAACCAACAACGAUGCGGCUGGACUUUGAUUUCCAAAUUAGCGCAAACUGGAGAACACGGAAGACACGUUUCGCGAAGAAAUGUUUACAGUAACUUUUUUCUUUUUUUUCUUUUAGUUUAGCCUUAAGAGUGGGGGAACCUCUUUAAUUAUGAGAAUGAUGCCAAAACACAUAGCCAAUAAUUAGAAGGUAUUUUAAUACCUGUUUUGUGGAGAGAGACAGCACUAAGAUUGAACAGACAAAUAUCUAUCACUUGUGAUAAUUUUUUUUUUUUUACACUUCAGAAGAGAUUAAACGUCCCAGGCAGGUUUCAUGCUGGGUAUGUGUGAAGUGGGCAGAGAUUGCCAUUUUUGCUUGAGGAAAAUCAUUCUGCUUCUCUGAUUUUUUUUUUUUCCAGGUGAUGGCAUGAUACUCUGCCUUUUCAUUCUUACCCUUUUUCUCCUGCCCAAUAAACUUCGGGGAGCUGCAAUCCCAGGUGGGGGUCUCCAGACAUUGGCUGGCUUUUCAGGGGGGGUGGGGAAGAGAAGCCAAAACCUUGGCGGGUUCACAGGACCUCACCUGCCCGUCAGCCCAAAAUGGAGAUAGGGAGGCAGAAAAAGACAGUUGAGCAGAAAUAAGGAGCUCAGUAGGGGAAGUAUUUGUGAGAAUGUUAAUGCUGAGCUAAAUCUGUUUUGGGGCCUCCAGAGGAAGGGUGGGCGCGCAGGCAGGGAGGUGGGUUUUCAGCCUCACCUCUGGGCAGGUGCACCUCAAAGCCCCCCACCCCCACCCCCCUUUAACAGAGCCAUGCUAAGUAUUGUGUCUUUCUUCCCCAAGUCCCAGCAGGGCCUCCCCACCCACCAUGAAUGGGGCAUCAGGCCAGUGGUUUGCAUUUUUUGGGGUGUGUGUGCGUUGUUGGUUGCAACCAAAUUGAUUUGUCCCUGAUUUGGCUUCUUGAGCCGGGUAGGGCUGGGGAGAGAUCAUGCUUAAAAUUGCAGUGAGCCCAAGUGAUGUUUGGUUCAGGGGAGGCAGGAAGGGGCUUCACUGGCCAAGGAGGCUCAGCCAAUGCGGCCUUUUUCCUCUGAGUUCAGUUUGGAUUCUCCGAUUCCACCGUGGCAGGCGCACGAGGGUUGGGUCCAGUUGCUUUCUCUCUCUCUCUCUCUCUCUCUCUCUCUCUCUCUGUGGCACAGUAGAAUUAAAAGUAUUUUUAUUCAUGCUUGGGUGGGGGGGGCAGAGGGCUUCCUGCUUGAUACGGGACCCUUUUCUAAAUCGAUUAAUUGUGGAUUCUGAGUUUUUAUCCCUGCGUUUUUCCUGGGCUGGGACGGAGAUGGGGAUUCUUUUCAUGCGACAUAUAUGCACCCUGCUCGCUUUAGAAAUGUACCUAAAUUUUUAGGGUGUUUGUGCUCAGCCUCUUCGGUUUCUGUCGACAGCUUUGCGGGGGGGGUGGGGGGUGGGGGGGGGGGGGGAGUGUUGAAAAAAAAACCAUAGGUGUCCACAGAUUUUGUAUGCUAGGGCAUACUUAUUUUUGUUCCACAGGAGAUAACAGGCAGACAUGGGCGGUGUGUGGCAGGGAGCCUUGAAUCCGCUCUGGCCACACCAAGUGACAGGCAGCCUCUCAACUAGAAUAAAGACCGCACGAGAUUUGACCCCUGGCCUCGGCUGCCUUCCACGCGAUUUGUGGCAGUGGGUCUUCUGCGGGCUCCAGGUGCCCUUUCCCCAACUCCUGACAAGCCAGAGGGGAUUUUUAAAUCGAGGAGGGUCUCACCUGGCAUUUUCAGGUGAGAGCCCAGCCCUCCUUAAAGACUAAACUAAGUUUGUUGCCAUGACAUUUUAAUUGAAAUAAAAUGAUCACAGCUGGU